AUGGACGGGCCCUUCGGCCUAAGCAGCCCAUACCGCCUCUAUCCAGAUUAUCUAUCAACCGGAGCGCCCCUCCUUACCGCGUGCAGUGUCAAGUUUCGAGGCCAUGAGAUUGACAGCGGUCCGUCAUUCUUCCCCCUCCCGCCCGUGUUUCGUGAUCGACGUCUCCACCAUGAUGUGUCCACGACCAGCCUUCGCGGAUUUGGACAGCGCUGCAAAGGCUAA